AUGGUUGAUCAAGGAAGCGUUGUGGAUGUGAUGUAUCCAGAUUUGUACAAGGGGCUAGGUUUGAAACCAGAGGACUUAACAACUUAUAAUUCCCCUCUAGUGAGUUUUGAGGGAAGGUUGGUCACUCCUAUGGGGCUAAUCAGGCUGCCCGUGCAGUCAGGCACGGAUGUGGUAGAGGUGGAUUUUAUUGUUGUAGAUGUUUUUUCUCCGUACACGGCUAUUGUGGGCAGACCUUGGCUUCACACCCUUAAAGCGGUGUCGUCCACCCUACAUCAUAAGGUGAAAUACCCAUCCAGAGACCAAGUGCUGGAGAUCGUAGGGAGUCAGGCGGCUGCUCGGCAAUGCCAAGUAGCGGCUAUACAGCAUCGGCCAAAGGCAGAAACCUCGGCUAUCGCCGAUAAUGAGUUAUAG